GUCUCAAUGGCUAUGACAACUCGUGGUCACCAGUGUCAUGGACUUUCGCUGGCAGCAACGAUGGACGGGACUGGACCAUUCUCGAUACCCAAGCGGGGCACACGGUUUGGAGCAACGGAGAGGAGAAGACCUUCACGGUGGAUCCGGAUGCCGCUCGGAACGCGGUCUCGACCUGGACCGUCUUCUACCGUGGCCGCAUCGCCGGGCCGCCAGGGCAUUUUGAGAGCUCUACAGAGAAGGGCUCGCAGCAGGGGCACUUUUUCAAGAGGCUGCCCACCACGGCUUCGGUGAAGACUCUCCUAAGGGUGAGUGUCGAGGGAGGGCCCUGCGGAGCCCGCGCCACUGUUCAGUUUCCAAUUGGCAACAAGAGACUGCUGGACUACCUGCGUGAGGGCAAGCAGUCCGGGUGGGUGCCCGUCGACACCUCCAAGGUGCAGAUCCUUGAAGGCAGCAUCGGCAAGUUCUGCAGCGGAAAGAUCGAUCACUUCUGGACCGGGCAUGGGGCAAACAAGGGGUGGAUCCUUGGCUGCCAAAAGUCCUGCGCCCGCGGCCGGGAAUUCGCCAGCGGCCACUUCGGAGGGUGUGGCAAGAGUUGCAAAGGGCUGGGUGACUUCAAGGACCUGUCAAAGACGGAAGUGACCAUGUCGUUUGGCCAGGAGCCAGCUGAAUUCUGUGGCUGGGCACCCUUUCCGGGCCGCAGUCCAGCUCAUGCAGAUUGCCGUCACGUCUUCGAGCACCCUUCGAAGGAGUAUGUCGGUGGCUGCACUACGGCCGAAUGUCAGACCUUGAAUGAUUGUCACGCCAAGUGCAGCGAUUGCACUUCCUGUGUGGCUGUGUCCUACUUCGAGGAUGGUGCCCAAGGCUUCCGCUGCCACAUGAUCGGCCCAGCGCUGCAGCGCUUGAACCUCGUGGAGAAGAACCCAGAUCGUACGACCUGGGCUAUCCAUGUCAGCACUCGCAGCGAGAAUUGCAAGAUUGCCGUGCAAGUCGCCGGCCAGUACGAGACAUGCUUGGCGAUCAAGAUCAGGUUUCCUGAGGUGAACUCAGGCGUCUUCGUCCUGCGGACACCAGAUGGCGAUGAGUUCGAGACCUGGUGCGACAUGUCGCAGCAGGGUGGAGGAUGGACCCUGCUGGCGGCAAGUAAGCAGAACUCUGCACAUCAAGCCAACCUUUUCCGACGAGGCACCUACAAGAGCUACACCGAAACGGGCAUCGGAAACCCGGAUCUUGACUCCAGUGGAAUGUUCUGGGCGCCUUUGAAGAUCUGGGCACAAUACACCGAGAAGUACCCGAAGAAUCGGAUGGUGGUCUUGGACUCCCGCUACCAAGUCCCGGACAAAGCCCCCGGUCUAACUGACAUGGGCAUCGACGCCAAGGAUGGCUUCCGGCUGAAAGGAAUCGCCAUCAAAAGCCGACCUCUUCGGUGGGUCGCGCAGCUGUAUCCGCAGAAAUUCACUACAUGGGACCGCGACCAGGAUGAGUGGGGCGCCAACUGCGCCAAAAACCAUCGGGGCUUCAUGGGUGGCUGGUGGUACAGGCGCUGUUGGCAGACGAGUAUGUACCACUCCAACGGCCGGUUGUACUCCUGGAACGAGAAUAGUCGACAUGCGGUCAAAUACCUGCACAUCUUCUUUAGGGAAGAUGCCUCUCUCCAGACCACCACGACGACCACAUUGUACGUUGCAACUACCACCACGACCACCACAACCACCCUGGGCUAUGUGGUGGAGGACCUGGCGAUGUGCCAAGAUGAGUGCGAGGAGGAUGAGGACUGCGCCGCUAUGUCUUUCAAUGAGCGGACGAAAGAAUGCCACAUGUUCGGCGACAUCGAAAUGGGAUACGGUAACUACAUUGACGAGGAUGAUGUCACCUGCUAUGCCAAGGCGCCCCAGGGCUGGUUCGAGUACAAGCUGCGGCCUGGGAAGCUUUGGGACGAGCGCUGCACCGGUGGAGAGACGAAGUGCGACUUCGAGGAUGCAGAGAACUUCAAGCGUGUAUGCCAAGACUGGUGCGCUGAAGAGAACUCAACCAGGUUCUGCAGCAUUGACAUCAGUGGGAGGAAGGAUCCGUGCUGUAGGCGCUCCACCUCAUGCGAGGACUUGGAGAGCGCCGAACGCGAGUAUCGGAUCUUCAAGCACCAGGAUCACUACGUGGGCAUGCCGUGCGAAGAUGGCUCCAAGUGCCUCAUCCUUUCCUGGAAGUUCAAUAUCAUCGACCAGUUCCCGAAGGACGUGGCCGCAGA